AUGAUCAGCACAAUCUAUACCGAUCUGUCCGCUGCAUUCGACAAGUGCACAAUAUUUUAUGCCGAAGCAGCAGCAGCUUACAUCCCAGGAGUGACUCCGGCUGACCGACCAAUCACUGUACUCUUUGACUCAGCCAGUGUCGUCACCGCACUACAAUCUGAGACGGUCUCGCACCCAUGUCUUCAACAACUACAACUAAAAGCAGCACCAGAUACCACAUUCGUUUGGAUUCCUGGACAUUGUGGAAUUACUGGCAACGAAGAGGCUGACCGCCUCGCCAAGUCGGGUCGACGACAGGCGCGACUCACCAACUCGGUCCCAGCGGCGGACUUGAAAUCAUCGGUAACGAAAGCAAUAGCAAAUAAAUGGGCCGAGGAUUGGCUAAACUGUGAUCGAGAAGGAACAAGAGAGUAUUUCCUACGAAAAAUCAAGGGGGAUACCUUCCAAUGGGAAGAUCCUCUGGCACAUCAAGAACAACAAAUACUUUCACGCUUAAGAACGGGACAUACUUCUUUCGCAUACAACUUGCACGGUGGCGAGAAUUUCAAGAUCCAGUGCACUGCAUGCAGAGUCCACCAGUCGGUGGAGCACGUUCUCUGCCACUGUCCACAAUUCGAUGGCGUAAGAAAUCAACAUGAAAUCCCUGUAACCAUCAAGGACGCUCUAGGAAAUGAACCGACAGUGAUCGCAGCAGUGAUGCUGUUUCUGAAAGAUAUUGGACUUUACGAUCAAACUUAG